ACUUCGCAAAAUGGUGACGAGAGCCACCACCCACCACCGCAAGCGCAAGCUGAAAAGGUUACUGAAGUUGGAUGGUACGUUCUUGGCGAGGAUCAACAACAGAUUGGCCCUUACGCCUUCUCUGAGUUGUGCCGUGAGUUGAGUUAUUUGAAACUGUCUCUCUCUCUGUUUUUUUUUUUUGAAUGAACAAAGUGGAGUGGAGCUAGGGCUAGGUAUUGUACAUUUUGAUUUUUGUUGUUUGUUCCCCAAUUAAUUAAGUGAAUUCCGAGGCUGCACUGUUUCAGACUUUGGGCACAUUUGUUUUAUGGUGAAAUUGAAACCUCUAUUGUCAUAUUUACAUGGAAAUUGGUGUGGAUAGAGCAUUUCUUGAAUGGAUACCUCUCCGAAAAUACGUUUGUGUGGUCUGAAGGAAGUAGUGAGUGGCAGCCCUUGUCCUCGGUUUCUGACCUGUGGGCUCAAAUUAACCGGCAGGGACCUGAUUCUUCAACUACUGUGUCUGCUCCUGAUGUUGAUGAGUUUGAAAGAUGGCAAAAGGAGAUUCAGGAGGUGGAGGCACAGGUGGAAGGUUCGGAAUUUGGAUCCUUAUCUGGCAAUGUUGGUGGUACUGGGGCAGGAGAAGAUUCUGAGAGACCUUCGACGCCACCUGAGGGUGAAGAAGGAUUUACUGAUGAUGAUGGAACUGUAUAUAAGUGGGAUAGGAGUCUUAGAGCUUGGGUUCCCCAGCACUAAGCCUUAUGGGGUUGAAGAGAUGACCUUCUUGGAAGAAGAGGAAGUUUUUCCAACAAUACCUAAUUCUGAUGCCUCUGAAAAGUUUGAAGAUAGUCCAAAAUUGAGUGUUUCUGUGCCUCCCUUAAAGGAAGAAGAAAAUAAUACCAAUGUGAUAUCAGGUGGAAAAAGGAUGCUUUCAGAUCAACAAACAGACAAGAAGGAAGCUAAUAAACCCCCUGAUAGUUGGUUUGAAUUAAAGAUUAAUACGCAUGUUUAUGUCACUGGGUUGCCUGAGGAUGUUACCACUGAUGAAAUUGUGGAGGUAUUUUCCAAAUGUGGAAUUAUAAAGGAGGACCCCGAAACCAAAAGACCUCGUGUGAAGCUCUAUGUUGAUAAAGAGACAGGAAGGAAAAAGGGAGAUGCUCUGGUUACAUAUCUUAAGGAACCUUCUGUGGCUUUGGCAAUUCAAAUUUUGGAUGGAGCACCUCUUCGCCCUGGUGGCAAGAUUCCUAUGUCUGUCAGCCAGGCUAAAUUUGAGCAGAAAGGAGACAAGUUUGUAUCCAAGCAAGUAGACGGUAAAAAGAAAAAGAAAUUGAAAAAGGUGGAAGACAAAAUGCUUGGAUGGGGUGGUCGCGAUGAUGCAAAAGUUUCAAUUCCAGCAACUGUUAUCCUUCGUUAUAUGUUCGCUCCAGCUGAAAUGAGGGCUGAUGAAAAUCUGCAUUUAGAACUAGAAGAAGAUGUUAAAGAGGAGUGUACAAAGCUUGGUCCUGUGGAUUCAGUCAAGAUAUGUGAGAAUCAUCCUCAGGGAGUUGUUUUGGUAAGAUUCAAGGAUAGGAAGGAUGCCCAAAAGUGCAUAGAAUUGAUGAACGGACGAUGGUUUGGUGGUAGACAGAUACAUGCCAGUGAAGAUGAUGGUUCGGUUAACCAUGCCUUAGUCCGGGAUCUGGAAGAAGAUGUCAUUCGGCUGGAGCAGUUUGGUGCUGAACUUGAAGGUGACUGAGUUAAUGAGAAUAGCAUUGCACCAGAUUCACCGUUCCAUAUAAGUCCGGACCUAGGAAUAUUUCACGAUGGCUGGAGCUUUUGGAUUACUAGGUCAUCACUUUUCUCGGUUUUGCAAUGAUAUAUUAGUUUUCCUUAUGUAAUUGGGAAAAGCAAAAAUGAAAUAGAGGAGAAAAGAAGUUACUGAUUUGGCUAGCUCAUCUUAUUUGGAAAAUUGUAUCACACCCUGCGUGUAGUGUAGCAUUCAGUUAUUCCAAGUCACAGAUUUUGAGUUAUGACAUGUGACAAUGCAGUUAAAUUUGAACUGUUAGAUUAAUUUAAGUUAUCUUAACCGUUGGAGUAAGACACUUGAGCAUGUAAAAAAUCGUAUGGGAUUGUAUGCGUAGUAAAAGAAUCGUUCCAUUCCAUAGGGUAACAAAAAAAAAAAGGUAAAUACCAUGGGGCAUUGUAGCCGUUGGUGA